CUGUAUACAUCCCACAUUAGAUAAUAUAGUAGAACAAAAAAAAUAAUGUCCUUGACUAUUUACAAGAAAAGUAUACCACUAAUAAAUUUGCAGUACAAUUUAGCAAAAUUUCAUUUACUAAUCAAACAUUAAUUUAUAUUAACCAAAUCUAGAGAGAGAAAAAACAGGGUGUUUGUGGUGUAUUGUUUCAGUUUCUGGAAUUGUUUGCAGAAACACACAGAAUACUUCACAAAAGAAAAAACAAAAAAUAGAAAAAAGAAAAGAAAAAGGCAAACGAAUGGGUGGAGUUAAACCUCGGAUCUCAAUCUUCUUCAGACUUGAUUCUACCAUUACAGGACUCAAUAUUAACCAGGGCAUAUCUCAUUUUCUGCAAAUUUUGGAUUCUUUGCGUAUGGUUAUAUCAAAUUGAUUCUCAACUCAAGCUUCACUUUUAUUUUGUGUCUUCUCAUCUGAUUUGAUUGGCAUUCUCUCCACGGUUCCUCAGGAUCCUACACUGGGAAUUUUAUUUUCUACUUUGACAAAUUAAACAUCUUGGUCCUUUCUUGUCAAUGGGUAUUGUCAAGAUUGGGUAUAGGGCGUCUGGAGAUGGUAGCUAUUCUGGAAUCAGUUCUCAGUCUCCUUAUAUUGAUAAGAUAGAGAAAGAAGGAGCAACAGUUUCAGGGGCAGAUUCAGGAGAUGAUUCUGAUCAGGAACUUGCAGAUGUUGGCUGCGAGCUUAGUAUGGUUGGAGGUCAGGCCUUUGGCAUUCCAUAUGAACUCUAUGAUCUUCCAGAUUUAAAGGAGAUACUAUCCUUGGAAACAUGGAAUUCAUGUUUAACUGACGGAGAAAGGUUCUCCCUCUCUGCAUACCUUCCAGAUAUGGACCAACAAACCUUCUGGCUGACCAUGGCAGAGCUGCUUGGUGGUAAAAACAUAUUUUUUGGCAGUCCAGUGACCAAACUUUUUGACAGAUUGAAAGGUGGAUUUUAUCCUCCAAAGGUGACUCGUUUCAGAGAAGGUCUAACCUUUUUACAGCGAAGAGCUCACUAUCAGUCUAUAGGGUUAUACCACGACAAUAUGGUUCGAACUUUAGGGGACAUGAAAAGGGUUUGGGAUCAAUGCCAAUUGGGCAUUAGCAUCGAGGAACGUGUUUAUAUAUGGAAGUCGAGGAAGAAGGGCACAAAUUCUCUUGAUCUUAAUGCAUAUCCUAUGAAUGAAGAUUUGUUAGAGAAAGAGGUCAACACGAAAACAGUUAUGACCCCUUUGUCGAAGAAGAUGAAGCAUAUAAAAGUUCAAGAAGAAAAAAUUCAACUUUUGCCCCCUGUUCUUGCUAAUGGAGUGAAACUUGCUGCUCCAAAACCCAAUGGGAAGGGAGUAUUGAAACUAAAGGCUGGGGGAACGGAUACGUUCCAAAAACACGUCCAACAAUCAAUUACCCCUGAUAUGUGGGAACCAUCUCGACCCCAACCAAAGGGUGUACUGAGGAUAGUGCCUAAAGUCCCUCGGGUUCGACAGCAACCAGCCGGCAUGGAGCCCUCCAUGUUCAAAACUGGCGAGGAUUCACUUCUAUAUCAUAAUGCUAUUGGUAGAGAAGCUUACAGGACUCCUGAACCACCUAAUUUUAUCAUGGAUCGGCAGACAAUAGAGUAUGGAAAUGGUUCAAUUAACCUAAACAGAAACCUCCAGAAGUCUAUUAGAAAGAAGAAACAAGCCAAGGAUCCAUCAUUUGAAGCUUUCACGGAUUUACAAGAACACCACGUGUUUGAAGGCAAUCCUGGUACAAUGGCUCAUGAUGUCUAUAAUUCUAAUGGAGGAAGAGUGUCUUCUUCCCUGAAUAUGAAGAAAUAUGCUCAUGGACGGCAAAAUGAUUGGCAGAGCUUGGUCCGGGAAAAUAGAGAACCCUCGCAUCUUUUGUCGGAACCUUACCAGGUUGAGAAGGGCUACUACCAAGAGGAGCAGCGUAUGGUACCUACCUCAGGAAGGCUUGUGGUUGCAUAUCCAAGAUAUUCAGACUCAAGGUCUGGGUUAGCAGAUGUUGGAAGUGGAGAGCAUGAAAUGUUUCCAGCUUCUUUUGAUCGAAUAAAUCGGCAUAGAGAUUUCAAUGUUGGAGGAUCUCAGAAGCUACAUGAUUCUUCUGCUGCUUCAGAUGGCUUACACGAUGGUGCUUUUCCACCUGUAACGUACAAAAGAAGAAAGGGCCAGGGGAAGCAUAAUAAAUUGGAUUAUGUCAAGCCGUUGGCAUUAGAAACCGAUCACCAAACCAGAAUCCCAAAUGAAACAAUCAAUCAAGUGGAGACUGGAAAGGCCAUAAAAAUCAAGUUCAAAAAAUAGAAGAACAGAUCUAAAGUUUAAAUACAAAAGCGAGAAGAUAGCUAGAAUGGGUUCUAACUUGGUUCCCCUGAAUGCCUAAAGAAGAUACAGAGAAGGGCGAAUGGGCUUUGGUCAAUCAUUACUCUGAACAAAAAGAUGUGAAGUACAAGCCAGAACAGGAUCUGUGACAUCAUCGAACUGAGAAGCUCAAAACGAAAAGCCAUAAGAGGCUUUGACACUUUUGUAUCCAGAGAAAUAAAUAAGUAUAUUUCAGUGUCCUCCGCUCAUUGUGAAGGAAGGAGCAGUGCUGCUCGAGUUUUAAGAACUCUAGCAAGGCUCUCAGUGCUGCAAGUUGACCAGAACAAGUUAACCAAGUAAUAGCGCAUACGGAAGAAUCGAAUCCUGGUGAAGGUAUGGAUGCUAUGUGAUACUAUAUAUAAUCUGUCUUAUCACUUUUGGUGUGAAUCUGCUAUGCAUAACUUUUUUGUGUUUUUAGAUGAGAAUGCCAUGGCAAGAUAAAAUCAGACAUGUCUCAUAUGUUUCGUCUCACCUCCUGUAAUCCAUAUGUUCGAAUGUAUAUGUAAAUCAGUGUAUAUCGAUUAAAAAGUUCCUUUUGACA